GUCAUUGUCGGUAUAAAAUGAUUCUGCUUCACAGAGAAUGGUUAUCAGUUCACAAUCAUUGUUUCAAACGGGAACAAGUCUCCUGGAAUUUCACUGCCAGCGAAAAGCUUUCGAAACCGUCGUCAUGAAUUUUAAACACUUAUUUCUCGUAGUUCUGGUGGCUGCUCUGAUGUUGCUUGGACAAACUGAGGCCGGUGGUUUGAAAAAGCUUGGUAAAAAAUUGGAAGGAGUUGGCAAGCGAGUAUUCAAGGCAUCGGAGAAGGCUCUUCCUGUUAUUACUGGAUAUAAGGCGGUAGGGAAGUGAAGCGAUGAUACGUUGGUAGAACUUCGAAAAGCUCUUGCAGGAUUAUCGCCAAGGCAGUCGAAAUAUUUUAAUUUGUUUCAAGAUGGUUUAUGUUCCUUGUACAAAAAUAAGUAAUAAAAUAAACUAGAAGUAAUGGUAAA